AUGAAUUCUCUAGAGUAAGCUGGAAUAGAUACAAUAGAAUAUUUGUCUCAAUGUGAUUAAGAACUACUAAAAGAUUGUGGUCUCAAUAAGUUUUAAGCUGGACUUAUUUCUAGAAAAAUUACUGAAAUUAAUAACAAUCCUGAUAUCAACAAUGCAAAUGACUAAUCUUAACCUACUGCCUCUUAAAAAAAUAUCAAUAAUUUGAAAGAGGAAAAGAGGAGAGAAAGAAGUGCCUUCGAAGACGAUGUUGAAGAAAUGUAAAUCGAUACUUCAUCUAAAAAAGAUUCUCACUAAAGAUCAGAACUAUUAAAUCAAACUAAUUUUUUGGAUGUAAGUAGCGCAAGCAAGCAACCAACCAAAUCUGGUUUCUCAUUAUCUAAUUUGAAGAGAACUGUAAGCAAAAGUAAAGGAUCAGCUUCAUCUUUAUCUGGUGAAAAACAAAACUAUCUUCUUUAUUAGAGCUAUAUCGAUUUGAGUUCUGAAUACAAAAUGAACAAAAUCAAAUUAAUCAAUGAAGAUUUUAUGGAGCUUGUAAGAGAUCUCAAGACAAAAAAGUCUCAAGUAGUUGGUUACUUCGGUGAUUAUCAUUAAUGCUUAAUGGCAGCAGAAGUAUUUCUCCAAAGACCUCAUCCGACAAAUCUAUAGUCUUUUGAAGAGGGAAUAAUUGCUAUUAAAAAUGAUCAAAGAAUAGCACUAAUUUACAAAGCUCCAGAAGACGUUUAUAAUUUCAAUAAUGGAUCUGAUUCUACACUCUAGGUUUCAACAUUCAUUCGAUACUUAGUUGAUAUUUGCGAAAUAAUUAUAUGUGUGCCAAGCAAGAAUCUAGAGGUCAAUCCUGACAUUAAAAAUCCUUUCUAAGAGUUUAAGAAUCCUGGAUUCUCAAUGAAGGAAAUGAUUAUUCAACCAGAUGAAAAUGUUUCGACUAAAUUUAUACCGGGGUCUAUUGAUAAGGUAAAAGCCAUUAACAUUCAGGACUAUUAAAUAUCUGGUGAUAAUUCUAAAUUCCUUUCUUAUGCUAAAUUCGAUACUUCAAUUAUCCAUAAUGAAAUAAGAUUUAAACUCUCUGGAAAUUUUGUAUAAUGCAAGAGAAAUGGAUAUCAUUUCUACAAAGAUUAUUCUUACUUAGAAUUGAGGAAGGAAGUUAUGGAUUAUUGGCCUAAUGAGAAUUCUUAUUUUUAAGAUGAAUAUACUCCUAGAAAAUUUGAAUCAAGCAUGAGAGAAUUAUUGUACAAAUUUGUAGAUCCAACACACAAGGAGCUUUUUGAGGAUUGCUUAAAGAGUGCUUAAGAUGAGUAUAUUCAAAAACAUAAUGAACUCAAAGAAGAAAUGGCAGUUGAAUAUGAAAAAAAGAUGUUUCCAAUGUUUUCAGAUUUCUUUGGUGAGAUUAAAACAAUUUCAUGCUAGUACUUUAAGCAAUGGAAGCAAGAGUUAGAAGAUUCAAAAGAACCUUAACAGUAAGAGGGCUUCUGGAAGAGAGUUGGUAAUUAUCUAGUAGGAAAAUCUAGGAAAGAUAAAAUAACUGAACUUGAAUGUGAUACCUUUAAGUGCCAAACUUACCAUUUCUUCAACUUCAAAUAUGCUUUUUCGUAUAGAUACAAAGAAAUUCAUUGGCCCCUACUUGAAAAGUACUACUAAUAAAACAUUGGAGAUGAGCAUCAAAUAUGUGUUCAUAAAUUCUAAAAAGAUAACUUUGACAAAGCAAUAAAUAGACUUGCACUUUACUGCAACAAAAUGAACUCUAUGGAUAGAUAGAUCAGAUAUAUAUCUCUUCGAGAAUACAUCCUAGAAAAGGUCCUAAACGAAGUAGAACCAUAUAUUCUAAUGAAUAGGGAGAGCAAGUGUAUUUCAGUUUACAUUUAAUUUCAAGCUCUCAACAUUAUCAGAAAUGCAGAGCAUUCUAUUACAGAUUGGAAUAUAAGCAAAGUCUCAGUGCCUCUUACGCACAAAUUUAACAAGGACUCCAAGUUAGAAAUCAAAAUGAAGUCAGUUUAUUUUAUCAAUGAUACUUCAGGACUGAUUUUAUUCUAAAACACUCCCGAUUUUAAGUCUUCCAUUUACUAUUUUAAUAUUGGGAAUAAGGCUUCAGUGCUAUUCAAUCAUUUGAUAACACUAUCUUCGAAUGAUUCAAAUAUUUGUGUUGAGUAAAACUUGAAAUUAUGGUGCUCUUAUGAUAACAAAGAAAGAAGAGCUAAUCUUGGGAAACUCACAAACUAAGGUAAGAUUGAAGAUGGAGCUCCUAUAACUCUUUACGAUUAGAUGUCAGACGGAGAAAAAAUAACCUCAAUUAUUGAUGCACUAAUUAUUCCUUUCGGAGAUAAGCUUUUGAUAUUAAAUGAAAACCAUAGCUUGUUUGAAUAUAAAUGGCAAGCUAGGUAGCUUAAUAGAAUUAGUAGAAAGAUUAAUAAAGGAGGGGAAGGUAUCGUAAAAGAAUAUAUUAAGCCUUCUCAACCUGAGGAUCAAUAUGAUUAACUAUAAACUACAAGCGAUGGUAAAUAUAUCAUUCUCAAAUCUAAACAUUCGAUUGAUGUUUACGAUUUAAAUUGGAGUGUAAUCAAGUCUUUUGACUUACAAAGUGACUUUUUGUUUUUCAAGACUUUUACAGAUAAAAUAAGUAAUUUCAUCAUCAUUUUUCACUUGGGUAAUACUGAAUGCUUCUAAAUUGUUGGACUUACUGCUACCAGAACUCUGAGAUCUGAAAUUUAGAGCAAGUAGAAGGACAAAAGUAAGGGAAAUCCUAUCAUUGAUUAUUUAUAUCAUGGAUUCAAGAAAUUUGGUCCUCACUCUGAUUUUAUAGGCUGUCCUUCUAGUACAAAAUUAGUUGUUGCAGAAUAAUCUUCAUUUUUUAAUGUUGAUGGCCUUAUUAAGUAUUUCAGAAAUCUUAAAAUGCAAAAUGUCACUCUAAAAGUGUCUGAAAUAAAUGAUAUUUUAAAACCUUCUUUUUUAAGAGAUGAUGAAUCUUUUAUUGACAAUCACAAACUUUAAAUCAUUCUAUUGGGAAGGAUAGCUCUCCAUCUAGCAACAAUUGAAAAUUUCUCACUUAUUCCAUUGUAAAAUGGCAUCAAUAUUUCAGACUAAAUUGCAGAAAAUUUAAUAUCCGAGCGAGAGCAUGCAACUGAUAUCCUUGAAAAAAUAAUAUAAAUGAUUAAAUUUGGAAUUUAUGAAACAGCUCUAGUUGAUAUAAAGUCUGAUAUUAGAGUAGUCGCAAUUGUUGGUAGAUAAAGUUCUGGCAAAAGUUAUGUUAUGAAUAGACUUUUUGGAACAAGAUUUAAUGUUGCAGCAACUAGAUGCACUGAUGGUAUAUGGAUGUCUUUAGUAGAACUCUAUGAUAAUCAUAAUAAACCAUAGUUAUUUGUAAUUCUUGACUGCGAAGGGCUAUUUUCAGCCAGGAGAAAUGAACAAGAAGAGAUGAAGCUGUGCCUUACUCUUUCAGCUAUUUCUGAUGUUAUGAUACUUAAUCAAGAUUUAUCAUUUAACAGGUACCUAAAUUCACUUUUCCAUAAUUUUUCAAAAAGUAUUGGUAGAAUUAAAGGCAAAAAGCUCUUCAAAGGCUAUCUUCUUAUGCUUGUAAGAGAUGUAAAAUCAGAAGAGUCUGAAUAAGCUUAUAAGGAACUCUAAUCCAAUUUCAUUUAAUUAUAAGCCAAUAAACAAGAUAAUUUUCUAGCAGCAGUGUUUGGAGGAGAUCUUAAAUCUCAAUGCUUAAAUUAUUUCCAAUAAGCGAUCUUUAAUGAUGAGAUAGAUGAAGCUAGGCAAGAUUAUUUCUUAUCAAUCAACACAAAGAGAUGGGAUAACGGGAGAGACUUUGUUGAGAGCUUAAAAAUUGUACUUGCUUAGGUAUUUUUGGAUGAUGAUACAGAUAUGGAUAUUCAUAAAAUAAGGAUUUCAUGUGAGCAUCUCUAUUAAACAUGCAUUGAAAUGUUUUAUAAUGGGGAUGAAAAGUUUAUAGGUGAAGGUAGUGUAUUCAAGCAAGAUUUCGAAAUUUAUGGAGUCAAUUAUCCGGUAGAAGUUUCAUAGAAAAGUAUAAUUCUUAGUUCAGAGAUGGACACAUUUGAUUCUGAUUCAGAUAGUACCCAAUUAACUGAGGAGAUAGUUAAAUACUUUGUAAAUCAAACUCUUGAGUAUGAACUGAAGAUUCAUAAUUAAUGGAUGUCAGCAUUCUGCACAUAUCUUAAAAACAUUCUCGAACAAAGAAAGAUAUUUAUUAUAAAUUAUUUCAGAGAAUCAAUGCCUAAAGAUCAAGAAUAUGCAGAUGUUGUUAAUACCUACGUAUUCAAGCUUGAGUAAAUAUUUGACACUUAUAUUCCUAAAAUGCAAUACUGCUCAAAAUCAUGCAAAAACUGCACAAGACUCUGUACAAUGAGAUUCAACCAUAAAAAUAAUUGUAAUUGUGGAACUAGUCAUAUUUGCUAAGAUAUUUGUGAUAAAACAGAAUCUUGCAAGGAGAGGUAAUACAUUUGUGUCGAAAUUUACGGUCAUGAAGGAGAUCAUAGAUGCAAUGAAGGAAACCAUAAAUGCUCCGAUCUUUGCUCAAUUUAAGAAUGUAGAUUCCUUUGCUCUGAGGAAGCAGGCCAUCCAGUCUCAAAAUCUCACAAUUGUGGUAAUAAGCAUCCUUGCUAAUAAAAAUGCCAAGAUGUAGAAUGCUCAAGGACUUGCUAAUUUGAUGCAACAGUUGAGCAUGAUGACCACAUUUGUGGUGAGGAGAGAUGCAUUCAUAAAUGCUAGUUAUGUGAUAGGCAGUGUGUAUUUCCAAAUCAUCUUCAUCAAAUUCUAAUUGCAAAGGGAGAAGAGAGACCAUUAUCAUUUUCAUAUGAAGGAAUCAAAAAAAAGCUUAAUUAUCAUAUUUGCGAUCAUGAUCAUGAGUGCAAGAGUAAUUGUGAAUAAAAAGGAGUUUGUAGUAUAGAUUUCUAGAAUAUUGAAAAAACUUGGAGAAAUGAAUUCGGAGAGUUUCCUUACAUGUAUUUUAUGCCAAAGGAUUCAAGAAAUUAAUGUAAUAAGAGAAUUAAGAAACAUGAUUUAAUCCAUUCUGACUAGCAUGAUUGCAGAAUCGGUUCUCACAGAUGUUCUCACUAGUGUCCUGAAUGCAGAAGUUUUUGUAAUAAAGAAAUUGAUCACGAUGGACAUCAUCAUACAAACACUCAUAGAAAUAAGGAAAAUUGUGUAUUUGUUUCUGAUAAAGGAAAAUCUAAGGUUUCCUUGAUUGCUGAUGGAAAAAAGAGAGAGUAUAAAGUAGGGGAAUCUUGCCAACCAGAAAACUGCACAUCAUCAUGCUAAAGAAAAGGAAGAGCUCAUUUUCAUUUGAAAAAAUGUCUUGGUGGAGAACUUUGUGAAGCUAAAAUAAAUCCAUUUGUCAAACACUCAGAAGAAAGGUUUCAUCCAUUUGAGGAUCAGGUAUUUGAUAAAUGGUUAUGCUAUAAUUAUUGGUAAUCAAUGGGAUGGGAGCCACCCAUUGAGGGAGGACUAUUGGAUGAAGCUUAGGCUUGUAACUUUUACUGUGCUCAUAGUUCACAUGGAGAUGCUUAUUAAUUCUGCAAUAGGAAUGCUUGGCAUAAUGACGCUCACAAAUUUGAUUGUGAGCAUCCUCUUUAAGAUACUAAUAUAAUAGAUGUAGUCUUCUGUUGUGAUACUACAGGAUCAAUGAGCUCUUAUAUCGAAAGAUCUAAAAAUGCUGUAAAGAGAACUAUUGAUCAAGUUAAAGCAUUAGUUUCAUCAGUUGGAGAUAGAUCUCUUAAAUUUGCUUUUAUUGCCUAUAGAGAUCACCCCCCAUAGGAUUCUACUUAUAUUACAAGAGUACAAGCUCUUUCUGAUGAGGCGAGUGUUUUGACAUUCAUUAAUACUGUCACUGCAGAGGGGGGUGGAGAUGGUCCAGAAGCUAUAAUGGACGGUCUUUAUGAUUCCAUUCAUAAAGUAGGAUGGAGGAAAGAUUCUCUUAGAUUCAUUUUUCAUAUUGCAGAUGCUCCACCUCAUGGCAGAGAAUAUACUGGAGGGUCUGGAGAUGGUUUCCCUAGUGGAUGUCCUUGCUUAGUUACAAUUGAAAGAAUUGCUGAAGAUUUAAAAAACAACAAAAUAAAGUACAAACUACUCAAAAUUGGCAGUUAUCCUAAUACCAUGGCCUCAGUAUUUAAGAGUAAGAUAGAGGACUAUGAAGAAAGUGAUCUCGACACAGCUAUUUAACUUGAUUUAAAGGUCUCUGAAAUUAUCAUCAAAGAUAUUAAAUCAGAGGAACAUGAUAUUAUCCUUUGA